AUGUCUACAUAUAAGAACCCAAACCCAGAUUUCGAACAUUUAUUACCCGCUUCAUCUCAUUGGAAGACAAAGAUCACAGACUGGUUACAGGAGGAUAUUCCUUCGUUUGAUUUCGGAGGUUUCGUGGUUGGAGAUAAUAUACAAUCUGCCACCCUCUAUUGUAAGAGCGAGGGUGUUCUCUGUGGAGUCCCAUUUGCCAACGAGGUGUAUAACCAGAACGGCCUAACAUACGAUUGGUAUGUCAAAGAAGGCACAUUUCUUGACCCAGCUUCUUCGGCAGAUAAAAAAAUCAAAGUUUGCACGGUUUCCGGACCAGUGAAAGACAUAUUAACUGCCGAGAGAUUGUCUCUGAACAUCUUAUGUCGGUUAAGCGGGAUCGCGACUCAAUCUUUCAAAACUGUUACUAGCGCUCGUCAAGCUGGAUACAAGGGAAUUAUUGCGGGGACCAGAAAAACGACACCAGGUUUGAGACAGCUGGAAAAGUAUGCAAUGCUCGUCGGAGGUAUCGACCCUCAUAGAAAUGACCUUUCAUCAAUGAUAAUGCUUAAAGAUAAUCAUAUCUGGGCAACUGGAUCUAUCACCAAGGCUGUUGAGAACGCUAGAAAAGUUGGAGGAUUUAGCAUCAAGAUCGAGGUGGAAGUGCAAAACGAGAAGGAUGCUGAUGAAGCAAUUGCUGCUGGUGCAGAUAUAAUCAUGCUAGAUAAUUUUCAAGGCGAGCAAUUACAAACGGUUUCCAAAUCUUUGCGUGAAAGAUGGUCAGGAACGAAACAUUUUCUCCUGGAGUGCAGUGGUGGUCUCACUUUACAAAACUUGGCCGAAUACUUGAGCAAUGACGUUGACAUAUAUUCAACAUCUUCAGUUCAUCAAGGUUGUUCUAUUGUUGAUUUCAGUUUGAAAAUAGCUAAAUCCUGA